CCUCCAGCGGGGUAACCAGGGCAAGGAGCUUUGUCUCAGCUUCAGUGUGACUGGAGGUGUGGCAGAGUCUCAGAAUGCUGAGAAUUCCUCUGGGGGGGCUCCUCUCGAGGGUGUUUUAUCCAGGGCUGAGUGAACCAAGGGUGUCAGGGGGGCAGGGAUGGUGCUUUGUGCAGGGAUCACCUGGUGACCUGUGCUUGCUCCCUGCAGGCUACAGGCACUGGCACGCUGACCUGCGCCCCGAUGACACCCCGCUAGAAGCAGGUCUGGCCUUCACCUGCAAGCUCAAGUCCAGCAUCCCCUUCCUGGGCCGGGAGGCUGUGGAGACUCAGAAAGCCAAGGGCAUCUUCCGCCGCCUGGUGUGCUUUACCACAGAGGAGAAGGUGCCCAUGUUCGGCCUGGAGGCGGUCUGGAGGGACGGCAAGGUGGUGGGCCACAUCCGCCGGGCAGAUUUUGGAUUUGCCAUUGACAAAACCAUCGCCUACGGCUACAUCCGUGACCCUGCGGGGGGCCCG